GAAAACAACGUGGUUAGGCUGACAGGUCACUAAGAACAGUAUGCCAGAAAAAGUGUAUGGGUUCCAGGGGCAGAGUUACCACAAGUUGAAGAGGUCAUGCCUGCGCCGGGGCAAGCUCUUCCAGGACCCCCUGUUCCCCCCCACCGCUAUGUCGCUCUUCUACAAACGGGCCCCGCCCCCCGGACUGACAUGGAAGAGACCCCAGGAGCUUUGUAAGGAUCCUCGUCUCUUUGUGGAUGGGAUCAGCACCCAGGACCUGCACCAAGGCAUCUUGGGUAACUGUUGGAUGGUGGCCGCCACUUCCUGUUUGGCCUCGGAGCCCUCACUGUGGAAGAAGGUGAUUCCCGACCACGUGGAACAGGAGUGGAACCCCAAACGUCCUGAUCUGUACGCCGGGAUCUUCCACUUCCGCUUUUGGCGGCUGGGUCGCUGGACGGACGUCGCGGUGGACGACCUCCUGCCGGUCAGCGAGGACGGAACCCUGCUCUUCUGCCGCUCGGCCACACUGCGAGAGUUCUGGAGUGCCCUGCUGGAGAAGGCCUAUGCCAAGCUGAACGGCUGCUACGAGGCCCUAGAAGGAGGCAACACAGCGGAGGCCCUGGUCGACUUCACAGGGGGCGUUUCGGAGCCUCUGACUCUGGACCGGGAGGCCCUCGCCCUGCACCCCGACCAGAGGAGGGCGCUGUUUCAGACGCUGACCCAGGCCCACGGAGGUAGAGGCCUCAUCACCUGCUCCAUACGGCCAGCGGAGGGGGAGUCGGUAGAGUCCGUUCUAGACUGUGGUCUCGUGCGGGGCCACGCCUACGGUAUCACUGCGGUGAGGAAGAUGCGCUGGGGAGAGAGGUCGCCAUCGUCGGGCAGCCGUGGCGGGACGUCUCGCCUCUUCAUGGUCCGCAUGAGGAACCCUUGGGGCACAGCCGACUGGACCGGACCCUGGAGCCAGGGGUCUCAGCAGUGGCAGCAGGUUGGUCGUGCUGAGAGGGAGAAGAUGGGCCUCAUAGUCAGAGAUGUUGGCGAGUUCUGGAUGGAGUUCGGAGACUUCUGCCGCCACUUCACAGACAUGGUGGUGUGUCGCCUCGUGGAACGGACCCUGCUGUGGCCCAGCGACCACUGGAGAGAAACACGCUGCUCUGGGGAGUGGGCUCAGGCACCCAACGCCCCUGGGGCCUCCACCGGCAUCCUCCUCCCCAGCCGCCCUGCCCGUAACCUGGGAAAGGACGUGCCAAAGCCUGGGGGGGUGAACCAGAACCAGAGGGGGGACGGGAGGGAGGCAAGACUUGGGGAGAGAGGGAGGGGUGGCGGGAAAGACAAAGCGCAGGUGGCGAAGGAGGUGGUGAAGAGGAGCAAUAGGAAAGUAGAGAGGUUGAAGGAAGAUGGGCAGUUGAAUGGAGGGUGGGAGAGACAGACUGAUAAGAGGAGUAGAUGUGGAGGCUGCAUCAACAACAAAGGCACCUUUCUACACAACCCCCAGUUCAUGUUCGAGGUGCAGGGGAAGGAGGACGAGGUGUUGAUCUGUCUACAGCAAGAGGACAGGAGGAUCAAGAGGAAGGACGGAGGAGGAGAGAAUCUGCCCAUCGGCUUUGAGGUGCUACGGGUGGAGGCGAACCGGCUGAGCCGUGUGCAGUGCGUGGCAGAGCAGGCGGCCAGCUCCGUGUACAUGGACUCCCGCAGCGUGGCCCUACGGGUGGUCCUGAGUCCGGCUCGCUACGUCCUCCUGCCCACCACCUUCCAGCCCGGGGCCACUGGACGCUUCCUGCUGCGACUCUUCUCGCACUCCCACGUCAGCCUCAGUGAGUUGAAAGAGGAUCUGCCCCCUCCAUCAGUGUGGCAGUGUUGCCUGCCCCCACCCUGGGUGGUGACCACCAUCCACCUGCGUAGAGCCGCAGGACUCAGCCAGCCCAAACAAACAGCACCGGAUGUGUACGCUGUGAUCCGGUGUGAGGACGAUGCCAUGAGAACACGCGUGUUCAAGGGGGAUGGGAACCCACAGUUCAACUUGAGGGCCAUUUUCUACAGGAGAUUUCCCGAAGCGCACAUCUCAAUAGAGUUGUGGCACCGGGGUCUACUGUGGGACUCUCUCCUGGGCAGAGCUCAACUACAGACCGACAACAGAGAGAGAGGGCGGAGCCGGACACUUGACCUACACGGCGGCCAAUCGCGUUCAGGAUAUCGGGGAUGCAUCUACGUGGAAACCUCGUCCAGCGAAUGCCUGACAGACUUGUGACAGACAGACUUGUGACAGACAGACUUGUGACAGACAGACUUGUGACAGACAGACUUGUGACAGACAGACUGUGGCGCGUUUCUCCCACUGUAAGACAAUGUUAAGGAUUGCUUUCCUGAAGAGAGAAAAGCAUUUAAACAUGUCGCUCAUAGCUUCAAGCCACAGUCUGGGCGUGGACUGGUGUGAUGUAACACUGGAUCAGAUGCAAUUAACACGGACUAUUGAGGAACCAUUAAGUUCAGAAAAAACACAAUGACCAGUUUGCGCCAGCAGUUAAGUUAACGUGUGUCAAAGCGCGACCCAACUUACUUGAUAUUUCCACUGGACAGAUCAGGGUAAUUCAUCAUCCUAAACCAAACCAUGCAAACAUUAAAAAGACAUUUGUUACCUUCUGCCAAGUUUAUCUGAGUAGUAUGUCAUUCACCUUGCAUAUCUUUAAGAUUUGUUUUUGUUACUUUUAAAACUCUUUCCCAAUUUACUGGCCAUUACACUGUGUUAUACCUUUUGUUCUUUGUAUGGUAUGUUGUAUUAUAAUUGAUUGGUUUAUCAACAGUGCAAUAUUUUUUUAUUGUGCUUUUCUUUCAAAGCAAGGAAAAUUCUAAGUGACCCAAAACAUUUGAACUGUAGUAUACAAAUGAGGAGUAGGUAUUUGGGACCUGGCCAUCUGAGCUUUUACAUAGCUUCAUGAAAGG